UCCCAUAAGCCAUCGCGCCGCUGAUGGUUGUUGAUGUCGUAUUUACGGUAUUCACUGUGAGGCUUUAGGGCUGAGGAAAGCGUUUUUUUCUUCGUUCAGCGUUGGCACGUCGUCGAGAAAUACAAGCGUUUGCCGUAUGAACCAGUGUCGUGUUUCGCCCUUCAUCGGAGGAUUCAUACCAUUCAUACCGUGCAGUUCUGCUUAGAUUCAGCGAUAUUUCAAAUAUGAUUGUAGGCAAAUACUGUGCAAGCGGGUGUCCCUUAUUUGACUGCCAAAGGCAAAGAAAAAUGGAGCGGCCUCUUAAUGAGUGCUUAGGUGUUACGUGACUGAACGAGGGGUGGUAGGCACACCACGCUGUGUGCAUGAUGUGCUUUGUUGGUCUUUUAAGCGGAAAAUAGAUCCCAGCACAGGAAUCAAAUGUGUGGACAAAAGAGAAUGCAAUCACCCUGUCAAACUUCAUAUAUUCAAGGAAGCUUGAUAUCUGUAAUAAAUGUUUGCCUCUUUGACAGACAGCUGGUGCUGAAAGGCAACAUAUUUUUCAUGUGUGAUGUUGUUCUUGUUUCUUGAAAACAGGGUCUUGAGAAACAAGGCAUCAAACUACGAACUUGUCAGCAGGGCCCCAGCGGAGGUGACGAGGGCGACUCUGAGGUCGAGAUGGAGCCUCAGCUGCUGAAGCAGCCUCUGCUCAACUAUGGCCAGGAGUUGCUGACUGCCCUCAAGGAGGAACAGGGCAUCGAGCGUGUAGGCUUUGCUCUGCAGGGAAUCAGCCGUGCUGAUCUGCAGGCCAGCAAGCAGCGCGACACCAAGGAUCCACUGCUUCAGGAUCCAGCCAAACGGUCAAAGUUCAUCCGUUUUCUGGCACACAAGGCGGACAUGCUGUACAAGACCUGGGACUCUGUGCCUGUGUGUGCCACAACAGAUGGCGAAAAUGAAGAGCUUUGUGCUGUCAUGCCUCCAUUGGAGAGCUUCAUGAGCGUGCCUGCCAGUGAACGGAAGAAACACUUUUUCGAGUGCCUGAAGAAAGGCGACACAGUGAUUGGCCAAGUGAGCGGCAAGCAGGAGAAUGGCCUCUUUGUCACCGUGGUCUGCAUGGAUGGAGGUCUGCGCCGCGAGAUUCACGAUCUCGCCAUUAAGGCCUUCUGCCCUCUGAAUCAGGUGCCCACAUUCUCGGCUCACGAAAGCCCAUUUGAUGUGUUUCAAACCAAGGACCUUGUUAGAGCUGUUGUGAUCAGCUGCUCUUCUGAAUCUGAGCGCAUCAUUCUGUCCAUGAAGCCAGAUGCACUUCCUGCAGACCAGCAACACCUGAUGAAGCUGGGUUUGGUUACUGAGGAAGAGGUCCCUUCCCACCACAAGCGGCUGAUGAGCACUCAUGGCCGCUCAUAUCAAGAAGUCCUUGAGCGAACCAUUGGUUUCAAUAACCCUACUACUGCUAGCCAUCUCUGUUCGGCUUUGGGAAUACCGUCUUGGAGGCAGGCAUCUCUUACCAAGGCUCUGCAUAUGAAAGAAUACUCCAAAGAAGAGUAUGCAACAGCUCUGCGGAAGGCCCAGUCAUCCAAGUGGGCCUACAAGAGAUGUGACGUAAGCAGCUUCCUGAAAGAUGGAGUGAUGCAUUUCAAGGCUGGCAACCACAGUGAGGCAUUUGCCUGCCUCAACAAGGCCCUCCAGAUCGACCCCGAGAACGUGGAGGCGCUGGUGGCACGUGGCGCUCUGUUCGCGAAUAACAGCAACUUGCGACGUGCCCUGGAAGACUUCGAGCAGGCCCUGACCUUGAAUCCAAACCACCCCAAUGCCCGCAAGUACAUGUCCGAGACUCUGGUCGCCCUUGGACGCUACUACGAGGAGAGGGGUGACUUGGAAGGUGCGGUCAAGACGUACAAGAAGGCUGUGAAAGUGAACUUGAGCAACACAGAUGCCCGGGAAGCCCUUAUUGCCAUGGAAGUGAAGGAGCGCAAGAAGGAGGCCGAGCCCUUGGUGUCCCAAGACACCCGGUCUCUGUCAAGCCAGGCGUCGCUGCUUGCUGAACUUCAAGGAGAGAUGGGCAAGCCCAAAGACACCCGAGAAAAGCUGCGUCUUCUGCUUAAGGAUGAAGUGGAGAAAAAGCACAAGAAGCGGCGCCGUCAUCGUAGUUCAUCAUCAUCAUCCUGGUCAUCUUCUUCCUCGUCAGGAGCAUCUUCACGUUCUUCUUCAUCUAGUGGUUACAAACGCCACAGUCGCAGGCACCAUCGCUCAAGAAGAUCUCGCAAGGACCGCAAGGAAAGCAAAGCUGAGCGGCACCGUGGCUCCAAGAAAAAGCGCAAGUCACGUGAUGGCCACCGUGCCAACACCAGCCCACCUCCUGAAGAAGCUGCUCCAGCCACCACUGGCACCACUGUUCCUGGCGGUACAGCUUCAGAAAGCUACUGGAAGGAUGAGCCUGCUGUGGUGCUUUCUUCGCCCCCUAUAGAGGCAGCCACCUCUAAAGCUGCUCCGCAACGCAGCUCCUUGUCACCAUUGUCGAAGAAACUGGCGCAUCUUUAUGAGGAUGAGGACGAGGCGGAGAUACUAAAAGCGAGUCGUGUUGAUGACCACGGUGAGCUGUCACCCAAGGUCACCUUCCUGAUGAAGUCCAGCCAGGAGAUACAGGCACCACGUCUGUUCAAUGUCGACCCCAAGUCGGCUGCAGCGAGCACGGCAUACUACGAGCGUAAGGACCGCUCGUCUGAGUCGGCGAGAGCCCCGUCAGCCGAGCCGGCACAGUUGGCGCCGCGCAUUGAGUCGGUGGUGAAGCGCACAGAGCCGGCACCCGAGCGCAAGGGUAUCGAGUUCAAGUGGAAGGCCGUCAAAAAGCCGCUGGCACAUGCAGGUGACAGCCACGAAGAAGGAUCGGUGAGCUCAGUUGAGCACCGCGACGAUGUACCACAGCCGUCGCGAGGGGUUGAUGACAAGGCGACGGCAUCCAGCCAUGAGGAAGGCUCUAUCCACUCAGACUCUGAACCGGCCAAGCGCAAGAAGGACCGGUCAAGCAGCCGUGAGAGUAGUCCCAAGGACGAUGACGAUGAGGGCAAGAGUAAACGCAAGCUGCGUCGCCGCUCGCGUGCAGACUCCGAGAGCUACUCGUCAUCUGGCCGCUCCAAGUCACCCGUGCGGAGGCGUCGCAGCAGCCGGCGCAGUGCUGAUCACUCGGAUGACUAUUCGUCGGAUCGUUCAAGUGUAGCGUCCCGGGGCCGCCGCCGCCGUAGCAGCCGUGGUGGCCGGAGCUCGGAUAGCUCACGUGACGACUCACGACGCCGACGGUACUCUUCGGAGGACUCGCGUGACGGUCGCCGCCGCAGCCGCAGCUACAGCUCGGACACAGACGGCUCGCACCGGCGCCAUUCACCCAUGCGGCGCGGAGGUUACCGGCCCUACUACUACAACAACCGGGGUGGCUACUACAAGGGCAACUUCAACAACCGCCGCUACAAUAACUAUCGUGGCGGCUACCAGAAUAACCGCUACUUCAGGGGUGGCCGUGGAGGACGCCGUCCAUUUAGGCCCUACUACAACAACCGGACGUCACCACGCUCCUACUACAACAGUGGCGGGGGUGGCAGCUACCAGCGAAGCAGUUACAGCCGUGACCGGCGCUCCGACUCGGAGACUCCACAAGACCGAUCCUUCUGCCCGCCGUGGAAGCGACGCAACCCCAUUGUGAGCCGUGCGCCUGAUGCUGAGGAGCUGAAGAAGCUGCGGGAGGCAGCAGCACAGCGAGCACAGGAGAAGCAGGAACUGGCGGCAGCCGAGGGCGGUGCUAGCACCAGCACACAACGCAUUAAUAAGGCAACCAUUAUCCGCAACUGGCUGGACGAUGGCGACUCGCGGUCCCCACCACGGGCGAGCAGCCCACGCAAGAAGGAGGAUGCACCACCACUACCACCACCGCUUCCAACAGACGCCCCACCGCUACCAGAGGGCGACUGAGCAACUGGGGUUAUUCGCCUUUCUUCAUAUCAUCAAAGGCGCCAAACUCAUCAGGCAUUCUUUGGAACAAGCGUUAGCUGGGUCUGCAAGGAAAAGAAGGGGGCCUUUCAUAUUAUGCUAUGUUUGGCUAGCCAUGGCCGCUGUCAUUGCUCCUCUUUAGAAAAUACUGCAGAGAGCAAGCUCACUUUUACUUUUGUUUCCUCCCAUUCCUGCACGCAGUCUGUAUCCACGACAUUUGCUUUCUUUGUCCUUGUACAUAGAACAAUAAAAUGUUUACGUGCA